AUGCCCAUGCCAACCGCGGCCUUCGCGCCCUCCGUCCCGCUCUCCGCGCGCGGCGCGCGCACACCCUUCACGGGGCGGCGCGCGUGCGCGCGGCCGGCGGCGCGGCCGGCGCGGCCUGCGCGCCGCGGCGCGCUGCCGUCGCGCAUCACGCCGCGCGCCGACGCCGACUACUACCAGACCCUGGGCGUGUCGCGGUCGGCGUCGGACGCGGAGAUCAAGUCUGCGUUCCGCCAGAAGGCGCGCAAGCUGCACCCGGACGUGAACAAGGCCGCCGACGCGAAGGAGCGCUUCCAGGAGGUGUCGCGCGCGUAUGAGAUCCUGUCCGACUCCUCCCUUCGCCAGCGCUACGACCAGUUCGGCGAGGCCGGCGUCAAGAGCGGCGCCGCGUCCCAGGGGCAGGGCUUCGCCGACUUUGGACAGGACUUCGGCUCGUUCUCGGAUAUCUUCGACACCUUCUUCGGCGGACAGGGCGGCGCGACCGGACAACGCUCCAGGCGUAGGGCUGGCCCGCAGCCCGGCGAUGACCUUAGGUUGGAUGUCGACGUCCCGUUCGAUAGGGCCGUAUUUGGGGCAGAGCAGAAGAUCAGGUUCUCACACCUUGAGAGCUGCGGUACUUGUGAGGGCUCCGGUGUAAAGCCCGGGACGAAGCCGAGGAGCUGCUCGGCGUGUGAUGGGACGGGGACUGCGACGCAGGUGGUGCGCACCCCACUGGGCAUGUUCCAGCAGACGGGGAGCUGCACGACGUGCAGGGGGACGGGCGAGGUGGUGGACGAGUACUGCUCGUCGUGCGGCGGCAGAGGGAGGAACCAGACGACCAAGCAGCUUAUGAUUACAAUCCCGGCUGGCGUGGAUACCGGCUCUAGGCUCAGGGUGCGAGGGGAAGGCGACGCCGGGCCGAGGGGCGGGCCGCCCGGGGAUUUGUACGUAAUGCUCAGGGUGACGGACAGCAAGGACUUUACCAGGGAUGGGAGCAACAUCUACUCCAAGGUGAAUGUGUCGUAUCUGGACGCAAUUUUGGGGAGGAAUAUCAUGGUCAAGACCGUGGACGGGAACGAGGACGUGACGCUCGGAGCUGGCACGCAGCCCGGGGCCGUUCUGAGGAUCACGGGCAAGGGCGUGCCGAAGAUUGGGAACAAGGCGGUGCGCGGGGACCACUUCGUGACGGUGGUGGUCAAGAUCCCGACGCGGCUGUCCGGCGAGGAGAAGAGGCUGGUGCAGGAGCUGGACGAGCUCAGUAGCGGCAAGGGGCGGAAGGCGGCGGCCAGCGCGAACGGGGCGGGCGAGAAGAAGAAGUCGAAGAAGGGCGAGGGCUUCUUCAACUUUGGGAAGAAGUGACUAUCGGGCCUCGGCCUCGGUUUGUGGGGUGCGGGGGAUGGAGAAGAGCCGCAGGAGGACGAGUGAGAGAGGGAGGUGGUGGGUCUUUGUUUUUUGUCAAACCUUUGCAGGUGCGAAUUCGGUUGCUUGAUGACGUCCUACGAUACAUGUAGAAGUGGGUGUGUAACUCCGUGCAAUUAAACUUAAUCGACGCCCAAAAA